AUGAACUUGAACGACAACGAAAACUCGAAUAGUCAAUUUUUCGAUUCGCCACCAAUGAAUUCGAUGAACAACAAUCAUCCGGGAGAAGAUUUCUUCUCAAAACCAAUGACGAAUGACUCGUUGCAAGCGGUUCUCGAGUAUUUACGGAAAAAUGGUUUAACAGAAACUGAAGAGCAAUUGACGAGAGAAGCAGGACCCAUUCUACGAAACGAGGGAACCAGUGGAUUGCCACCAGAAGAAGCUAUUUCUGUGGAAUUUGAUACAUUUGUCAAACACGCCAACGACUGUUCCGACGUCAUCCAAGCAGAAUUCAGUCAACUUCUGUUCCCAAUAUUCGCACACAGCUACAUUGCCUUAAUCGAGAAGCACGCCCCAACUGCUCGUGUUUUCUUCAAUCGAUUCAAAGUUUUCAUUCCGGAAUGUUUUUCCGAAUUCGUCUACAGACUGUCACUUAUCGAAGAUGCGAUGACACUGCGGCCUAACGAAUACGUCAGAACUCUCCGGGAUAACAAAUUCGUUGUGAAGCUAUCGAAACCAACGAUGAAACAUUUGGAACUGAUCCAAACUAGACUAAUUGGAGUCAAAAAUAUAAUUGCCAAGCACAUCAGUAUUGAGAAUGCGGACGAUGGUGCAGUGAGUCGAACUAUGAUCGAGACGCAAAUGGGAGGAAUUUUGGGAGUUAUAAGUAAAGGAGAAAGAAGACACAAGAUGUUAUUCUCGGUGGUUAAGGAUGAAUUGAUGCAAAGUAUUGAGAAGAGGAAGUCCAAAGGAAAAGAUGUGGGAAAGAAAAUGCAAACUUCUCAACAUUGUCCAGCACACGAUCGUGUCCCCCUCCCACCUCUUAGCGAGCAUCUCCGAGAGGAACGACGAAAUUGGCUCCGUGACGUUGGAAAAAUGGCUAUAAUUUCUCCAGAAACCCCAGUUUCUAUUUGCAUGUACACUACGAUUAAUGCUCCCAUUGGAGUCGCUUCUUGCGAUUUCUCCGAUGACUCCAGCUUCAUUGUCAUGGGACUUUCGGAUUCUUCCAUUGUCAUCAAUGCGAUGGACCCAAUGAACAAAAUGAAGAAGUUGAGAGAUAUGGAGUACUUGGAGAAAAUUGAUAUCGAGACGGCAGACAAUGUGCAAUCACAGAUGUAUGACCUACAAGCAUCGACGUCGAGUGCAAGGUUGACUGGUCAUGGAGGUCCAGUGUUUUCUGUGAACUUUUCACCGGAUCGGCGUCUUCUACUUUCUUCAUCUGGAGACAAAACCGUCCGAUUGUGGAGUAUGGAUGCUCAGAGAAAUGUUGUGAUCUUCAGAUUACCAUCAAUGGUCUGGCAAGCGCAAUUCUGUUCUCGGGGUUACUAUUUUGCCACUGCCAGUGCCGAUAAAACCGUUUCAAUGUGGAGUACUGAUCGAAUGACGCCUCUUCGAAUGUUCCCUGACGCGUAUGGAGAUGUUGGAUGCAUUGACUAUCAUCCGAACUGUAACUACAUUGCCGGAGGAUCGGAAGAUCGGUACGUUCGAGUUUGGGAUGUGGUAUCUGGAGUUCGCGUUCGCCUGUUCAGUGGUCAUAAAGCGCCCAUAAUCGCUCUCAAAUUCUCCCCAUGUGGUCGUUAUCUCGUUUCACUGGAUGCCAUCGGAACUAUUAUGGUCUGGGAUUUGGCUUAUCAACGAUUGGUGGCAGCGGAAAUUACAGAGCAAGCUGGAGCCAAGGGUCACAUCUCAUUCACUCGUGACGGAGGAGUCUUCGCAGUGUCACAUGGAAACGACAACAUUCAGUUAUAUUCUCUGGAUGCAUUGAUUAGUGCUGCAGCCACCCAGAAUGAUCUUUAUGCUGAGCCAAGAGUGAACAUGGAAGGAUUCCAACUGGGAUCGUAUGCAACAAAACAGACUGCUGUCAUUGGUCUUCAUUUCACUCGUCGGAAUCUUCUUCUUGGUUUUGGUUGUUUCGGACAAUAA